AUGCUCGAUCCUGAAUUUCGAAACCCAACCACCGGUUGGCGAAAACAGAAAAUUAUCGAGUGGCUUGUCAAUAGACCAGUACCACUGCCUCAAAACAUCAACGAAUUCGCCGACUUAACCAAAAAUGAAUUAUUGCAAUUAGCGAAACCGUAUCGUUAUCCUCUGAGUACAGCGUCCAUAUUGUUUAUUCUCGAAUAA